CGGAGCCUGGGCGGAUGAGGUCACUCUUUGUGGCGGCUGCCGUUGGCAAGAUGGCGCCGGUGUUGGCAGAGAAGAAGCUGCUGGAGCCGGACGGGCCUUUGGCUGCGGACCUCCCCAGCGAGGAGGAGGAAGGCCAGAGCCUCUGGUUAUCAAUAUUGAGUGAAGUCUCCACCCGCUCAAGAUCUAAAUUACCAUCAGGCAAAAAUAUUCUUGUCUUUGGUGAUGAUGGCUCUGGUAAAACAACCCUGCUGACUAAAAUCCAAGGAGUAGAGCAUGGCAAGAAAGGAAGAGGGCUGGAAUAUCUAUACCUAAAUGUCCAUGAUGAAGAUAGAGAUGAUCAAACCCGCUGUAAUGUUUGGAUUCUUGAUGGUGAUUUGUAUCACAAAGGUCUCUUGAAGUUUGCUGUGACAGCAGAAUCGUUGCAGGAGACUCUCGUAAUCUUUGUGGCAGAUAUGUCUAGGCCAUGGACUAUUCUGGAAUCCUUACAAAAAUGGGCAAGUGUCUUGCGGGAACAUAUUGAUAAACUGAAAAUACCCCCAGAAGAAAUGAGGAACAUGGAGCAACAAUUUGUGAAGAUUUUUCAAGAAUAUGUAGAGCCGGAAGGAGGUUAUCAGGGAUCCCCUCAAAGAAGAGGCCCAUCAGGGCAAGAGGAGGAGAAUAUCGCUCUACCGCUUGGAGAGAAUGUGCUGACUCACAAUCUUGGGAUCCCUAUGGUGGUAGUUUGCACAAAGUGUGACGCAAUGAGUGUGUUAGAAAAAGAGCACGACUACAGGGAAGAACACUUUGAUUUCAUUCAGUCGCACAUUCGUAGGUUCUGCUUGCAGUAUGGAGCGGCCUUGAUCUAUACAUCCGUUAAGGAGGAGAAGAACCUUGACUUGUUAUAUAAGUACAUUGUACAUAAAAAAUAUGGCUUUCACUUUGCAACCCCUGCCUUAGUGGUAGAAAAGGACGCAGUUUUUAUACCUGCUGGCUGGGACAAUGAAAAGAAAAUUGCAAUCCUGCAUGAGAAUUUCACAACAGUGAAGCCGGAAGAUGCAUAUGAAGACUUCAUCGUGAAGCCGCCUGUAAGAAAGUUAGUUCAUGAUAAAGAGUUUGCGGCAGAAGAUGAACAGGUCUUUCUGAUGAAGCAGCAGUCAUUCCUUGCCAAGCAGCCGGCAACCCCUACCAGAGCUUCUGAAUCUCCUGCUCGUGGCCCUUCUGGCUCGCCCCGACCGCAAGGCAGGACAGGCCCUGCCGCCGUCCCCAGCGCCUCGCCGAUAGCAUCCGUCAAGAAGCCAGAUCCGGCUAUUAAAAACAAUGCGGCAAGCGAAGGCGUGCUAGCCAGUUUCUUCAACAGCCUCUUGAGUAAAAAGACAGGUUCUCCCGGGAGCCCUGGUGCAGGAGGAGGCGUGCAAAGCACCGGCAAAAAAUCAGGGCAAAAACCUGUUUUGACGAAUGUCCAAGAGGAGCUGGAUAGAAUGACUCGCAAGCCAGACUCGGUAGUAACGGCCAACUCCUCUCUGGCGGAGAACGAAGCUUGAGAAUCCUUGAACCUCCAUAUGUAAAUGACCAAAUAGUGAUGUACAUUGACCUGAUAACACCAGGAGCUUCCUGCUGUGGCAGAUGCUAUCAGUUUUUUCUUGGGGAAAUGAAAUUUAACCUUCAUUGGCUUGUCCCAGUGUCAAGUGCACAUUCAGGAAGUUUUGCGUCUAAAUUUCCUCUGUUUUACGAUAACCAUUUUAGAGUUUAAAUAGGGCAUUUCUCUUAAUUUGGUUGCAAGCAAUAGGGAGAAGCGCACAGAAGCAAGAGGUGGAGUUCCUGCUGAAAAGCCACGAGCUGCUGCUGGCACGGAGGAAGCACCAAGUCCUCUCUGUUUUGUUUUUCCAAGUUAACUGGAGUUGGCCAUGAAAAUGCUUACUUGUGUUUGUAGAGGGUGCGAUGUAGCAGAAUGUUGGUUGGUUGGAUGAAUGAGUGUGUACAAAAUGCAGUGUUUUGAAAGGAUAAAAGGCAAGACCUGAUCCGUAGAAGCGAAAAGCACGUUGGAUGUAAAUCAAAUAAUCAUGUCGGGAAAAAAAUAAAGUAAAAUAAAUGCCUUUGCAGUAGGGAAACAGAAAAUACGAGCAUCAUGGGAACUAUUCCGAUGGCAUUUUUUUUUCCAGUUCUAAUAAGAAGAUACAUUAAAAUAUGGUGGGUGCUCUUUUUGUCAUAACUGACAUGGGGAGAAACUUGUUCAGACCAAGUGCCUGGCACAGUGUGAGAUGUGUCUUCUUGAAGGUGCUUGAACCUCUUGUGCACUAUUGUACAAACAGUGUCUGUUUAAUUUUUUUAUUUUUAUUUUAACCUGGUAACUUUUGAUCGCCAGGUUGAAUUUUUUGCAUCUUUUUUUUUCUUCCCCUGAUAACUUUUUUUUUCUUUUUCUUUUCCUUUCUUUUUAAUACCAACCAUCUGGCCUGUUAAGAGGAAUGAGGGACAUGUCAUUUCUCUGUAAUGAAAUGGAAACGCAAAUCUUUCUUUUGUAUCCAAGAGUUAAUUGCAAAGGUCAACACUGAUUUUCUGCCUUAAGGCUUUAGAAACCCCUAUGGUGAGUUUGGGGUAGCCUCCAAAAUUCUCGUUCCAGAUUGGAUUAAACAAAGGGUUGUAGGUAUACGCAGGAGAAGGGGAAAAAAACAACGCAGACUUACGUGACUUCAUUACAUUUGUGCUUUACCCCUUCGGUGUUGCCUUUUCAAUGUGGAAAUGAUUUUGACGGUUGGCUCCUGUUGCUGCUCAGACGAGAUCCUGUAGCCGCUUGGAGUAAGACUCCCACAGUUAAUCGAAAUGGCACUUUUGAGUUUCUGUACAAUUUAUUUGACAGAGAAACACUAACUUAUUUGUACCAAACUUGUUUGUAAGCAACACAUUGGAGGGAUAUACCACCAUGGAUGAUGCAGAGUUUACUUUGUAUUGAUAAAAAGGUUUUUUGUGUUAACGUUAAAUCUUGUUUCUGAAUAGAACAACCCUAAUAUUUAUAUACCUAUAUCUAUAUAUAUUGUUAUAUAUACGAAAUAAAUUGACCACUAACACAUUACUGGAUGUAAUUGCAACCCACCUGUUGUAGAGAGAGGCCAUUCCUCUUUGUUUUUGUAAGUCUGUCUAAGGCUAGCUAGAAAACUAAGAGUAUUUACUUGCAUUAACAUGAAAGUACGUUUACUCAUGUCAGUUACUUUUUUUUUUUAAUACAAUACAUGUUCGACUACAUUACAAAACUCAGUUUUGCCCAAUGUUACCUGGCUCUUACACUGAGAAGUUGUGAUCAGGGAAUUUGGUGUGUCUUUUGGCUGCCAUUACAAGCCAGCGUAGGCUUUGCUAUAUUGUAAAAUUAGCCUUGUGCCAUCCCAAUAGUAAUAAUUCAAUCUGUCCCCAUGGCGGGACCUUUUAAGUACACCCUAUUCCAGUGAUGGGGAACCUUUUCAGCCCCGAGUGCCCACAAACCGGAAUGCAUGUGCAUGCGCGCGCACCCAAGCACGGGAAACCCGAAGACCAGCUGGUAGGUGGGUAUGUGUGCUCCUGCCAGCUGCCCUUUGGGUUUCUACCGUGUGUGUGCAUGCUAGCCAGCUGGUCUUUGCGCAUGUAAGAGCACUGAAAACCCGAAGAUCAGCUGGCCUGCCGGCGUAUGCCUGUUUUUGGGGCGUUUUUCGGCUCAAAAAAGGAGUCUGAAAAAAGUCUGGAAAAUGGCCUGGUUUUUGGCUGUUUUCCAGAGCUCUGGAGAAGACCUGCUGGCCGAUGCGCAAGUGCACACAGGAAACCAGAAGAGCAGCUGGCAAUGUUGCACAUGCCCAGAGAGAGGGCUUUGUGCGCCACCUGUAGCAUGGCUGCCAUAGGUUCUCCAUCACGGCCCUAUUCAAUAACUACAGUUUUGGUGCCAUUUAUACAUGUAGAACCAGUGAGUGUAUUGAGAUGAUUGAAUUUAUGCUUGGAUCUGAACAGAUGGAGUGUAACAGUUAUGGGGUGGUUGUUUUUGAUGGAUUGGCCGUUCCGAAGAUGAUUAUGGCAGCCGGAUGAUUUCAUGGAAUUCUGGAGAAUAAAACCUUUAAGACUGAAACUGGGUUUGGGGAAAACGCAACAAAUUAUUUACUGCUGUUCUAAGAGCACCAGUUAGGUCUCAAGGCCCAACUGGGUCUUAUUAAAAGUUUUGUCACGCACCAAGAUAAUUUACUUUUUUUUUUUAUAAAGCUGUAGACAACAGGAUUUUUUUUUUAUUUGCAUAAAAUGAACGUUGGAUUUGCAAAACAAAAAAGGCCAAUAGCAUAUGACUUUCCAGUUCUACAAAAGAUUCAUUGGGACUCAUACAGAAUUUGGAAAUGCCCCACCCCCACCAGUACUCUUCCACUUUGCAAGUGAAUGCUCCUAGUUUUUCAAAAGAAGGAAACUGUAAGUGAUGUGAUGUUUUGUCAGUUGCCAAAGUCUAGCAACUUUGGAAAGCUGCACCAUUGUCUUUUCUGGUGUUCUCAAGCAUUAGAACCAAAGGCCAAAUGCAAAACAGCCUUUUAUGUUUAAAACUACCGUUUAAGUUUAUUUUCAGGAUUCACUUUUAUGGAAGACUGUUAGAAUUACUACCUGGCUCUAUUUAUAUUGCAUAUAAUAAUUGCAUCUCCUGUUCAUGUUUAAACUAAAGUAGUAAUAUAUUGGACUUGAAGAUAAGGCAAAUAUAAAUCAGUUAAGGAUUGGCCCGCCAUCAAAAAUUUUGUUUUAUGCUGCUUGAUUUUUAAGUUUGCACUUCUAUUGGCAUUUUAAAACUCGUUUAAACAGAACUUGUACGUACGUAUUUAAUUUAACACAUUGAAAGUGACUGAACUUAACCAUACCCAUGCUGUAAAUGAAAGUUUUCUCUCUCCUGUAUUCAGUUUAUUGAUGUUUUUAACUUUUCAAUGGAGACUGCAGAUGUAUCCAGCACAAACCCUUAGUCCAGUUGUAUGGCUUUAACCAGGUGAAGUCCUGUGGAACCUUGCUUUCUAGUGCUGGCGAAAAUGAGGACAUGUCUUUAACGGCUUCAAAUAAACACCAACCAAGAUGA